AUGCCAGGCGACCCGCCGACAAACCUACAGCCAUCUUCCCCUCGGGGUAAACAACCGCCGUCUGCCACUUCCGCUGGUCCUUCUGAGGCUACGCAGUCCGCCAAUCCGGCCUCUUCACCUUCUGGCCUUGGGAUGUUGGGUCGCGACCCCGAAUGCCGCUCCGUCAAAGACGUGGAGACAGUUUCAAACAAGUACCCCUGCGUGUUUUCCCGCCUCCGAUCCCCUUCCGCCUUCGCCGGGACGACCGCUGCCCUUUCCCCUUCUGUGCGCCGACAAGCCCGGGCAACCCGCCAGCGGCUGGCUCGGCCCGCCCCCGCGUUCGAGGUUGAGGAGUAUAAGAAGGAAGAGCAGGCGAGUCAUGAUAAGGAGGACGACGAGGAUGUGGACCUGGUCGACGUCGAUCACAAGCUUCUUCUGCCCGCGCUUACUGGUCGCUUUCUCCUUGUUCUCGGCCUCGGCGGCUACGCCGUCGAAGGGAACUCAGACCACGAGGACAUGGAGCUGUUGCCGGAAAAGCGGCAUAUUUAUCAUGGCCACGCUCGCGGCAAUGGGAGCGUUGCCGAUGCAAAGGCAUGCGACGAUGUUGGUAGCUUCAGGAAUUUGUCGUCCUUCUCUGCGGCCUCGAACCAGCGGGCCUCCUUGAUCUCCCACGGCUCGGACUCCUCAGCCGCUGAACAACUGCAGCCGCCCGCCCGCCUUCCCACCAAGAAAGACAAGGGACAGGGAAAGGCGCGUCGCCGUCGCCAGCGGCAGUGGCAGCGCCGCGCCCAAGCGGAAGAGGGGGUGCCUCUUCCAAAAAAUUCGAGUAAUAAGAAGCAGAAGUUGUCCCAGGAUGACCUGAACAGACGUGACCUCCCCUGCGAGCUGGACGGCAACGGGCCGUUGCCCGAUGGGCAAAAGAAGACAUUCACCAAAGAUACGAGACGCGCACCUCACGGCAAUUUUUGAGACUCUAAACCGAUUUUCAGCCCCCCUUUGUGCCCAUCCCAGCAUUCCCGGAGUUCUGCAUUCGGUGUCUGCGCUCGUCGAUUAUCGCUUAUAAGGGCAGUCAUCCAGUCUCGAGCCCUUCAAGUUCCGUUGUGUCAUGGCCAAGUCGGGCGUGACUCGGUGCCUGCAGUGCACCAACAGGAAGGACACGUGUGACCCGGUCCUCCCUCACAUGGCCGGUGAUGGCUUUAUCUUGGCGCACAUCGUGGGAUAGGUGACCACGA